AUGAUGAAAAUGAAUGGGAAGGCCGGGAAGAGCAUGAAGGGUUUCGGAUGCCGAGCACCGGCGGCAACCGCAGUUUGCAUGGCAAGUGAGCCCUUGUCAGUAAUAGUGAAAAGAAGGAGGAGCAUUGAUCGAAGUUUGAGUGCUCAUGCAAGAUUGAUUAACACCUCAAAAUACACUCGCCUUGCGGAGUCCGGUGCUCAUGAUCAUUUGUCUUCAGAUCUUCGAAGAUCGGUUACCCUUCUUCCAUCUUUCAAAGACCGAUCCCAACAAACCCAAAUAGUUUCUUCAUCUGCCCCGGAGGGUCAAGUCUUCCAGGUGGUUGUCAUGAGGGUUUCUCUACAUUGUCAAGGUUGUGCCGGUAAAUUGAAGAAAUACUUGUCCAAAAUGGAAGGAGUAACAUCAUUUAGCAUUGAUUUGGAGAGCAAGAGAGUGACAGUGAUGGGGCAUGUUUCACCAUUGGGCUUAGUUGAGAGCAUUUCUAAAGUUAAGAGAGCUGAGUUGUGGCCUUCACCAUCUGCUUCUUCUUAA